AUGUCGCGUGCCGAGCACACCCAAGAGCAGGCCAAGCCUAUACUCCGUCUAAGACCAGAAAAUUUAGAUUUACCAGAGCCUCUGAAUGUACCGAGAGUUGCCAGAAACUCUUCGCUUGAUGGUCCGUGGACACGAUAUCCAACCGCUGUCCGAGAAGCAACGUCCUAUGGGCAACACGCUUUAGGAACCAACAUGCAGGAAUACCGAGAAAAUUGGAGCAAGAAAAAAGCAGAGAAGGAAGAGUAUGUCAAGAGGCUCAAGACAGAGAAACGAUUGCAUGAGAUGGAAUUACAUGAUGUCUUCGUAAUGUGGCCAUCAGUGGAUAUGAUGCAAACAGAUGGCUGGACAGAUGCCAAGAUCGAGUCGGCCGUAAAUCUAUACUACGCCGGUGCUCCAUUUUUCCUGGUACCCAACUGGCCCGUAGAACCGAGAAUGAUUGAGCGGUUUGGUCCUGAAUGGGGUCUUCAUGCGCGGGGCAUUUACUACCGCCAACACUUUUCGAAGCAGUGGGUAACGUCGGACUGCGAUCUCUGGGUGCCAUCUCUCGAUGAUAUUGACUGGGCCCAUUCAGACGAGUCUAGUCGCCGCGCGAGAGCAAAGACUUUUCUCGGUCAUGUCUCUAACAAUGAGAGAUGGAAAAAGAGUGAAUACGCCUGGGAAGCUGACGCCUGGGCUGAUGUUUUCGACCGAAUGAGAAAAGACCCCGUGCUAACGGUUGAUAAGCAUGAAUACAAUACUAUCAAGCAGAAGAGAGAUCCAGUAACGUGUCUACUCGCCGGUGAACCGAAAUUCGUCAAACGAAUCCCCGAUGCAACCUUUGGGCUCGCGACCUUUAAGCCAACAGACUAUCAAUGUACAUGGGCGGAAUGGGAUCUCGACCAUGACAGGCUAGAGGCACUCGCUCUUCACCGGCAUUGUGGCCUUAUUGCGGAUCCGCGUUGGGGCGGUGCGGACCUGGUCUUUCCCUUUGCAACAUACGAGGCCAAAGGUUGGAGUGGAGAUGCCAGAGAAGCACGCAGGCAAGGUUGUUCCGCCGGUGCAGUGUAUCUCGAUCUGCUGGACGCUCUGACCCGGCAACCCGGAAAAUUGGGCAAGAAGAAGGGGCAUUAUCAGCCGGCUAGGACUCGCCUCAACCAAGUUUUCGUAUUAACAUCGUUUGGGGCCCAUUGGAAUAUUCUAGUUGGCUAUAAGAGACCUCGACUCGCAAAAGAGUACGCAGGACACGAGGGCCUCAGUGACUCCGUCUAUAUAUUCCAAAAUAUCUGGAGCGGUCGUGUGAUGACCCAGCGAAAAGCAUGGGAGCUCCUUUGUCUGGUCGAUCAGAUACAUCUCUGGGGGGUAACCGACUUCAGAGACUCCGUGAUGCAGUGUGUCAGACCGUGGCAUGAAUUUGGCAGAAUCUGCUAUGCUCACGACGUAUCCUUUCUUAGUCGAUACCUCAAGACUGACAGAAUCACACACGAAAGAAAAAAAUACCAGAUUCUACCCGAGGCUGCCGUUAAAAUUGGAGACUGGGCUCAGUACUUCACAGCGGACGCACGAAAGGAAUUGCAAAAAAGCCUUUCCCAUCAUUUCAGGGAAGCAUACCGACGAGACCUGCCUGCCAUAUCCCAUAAUUGGCCGGCGAGCUUCUCUUGCCUCUUAGAUGAUUGUGGCCCCUUCGGUAAUCCCGGAUACCCUUUGGUUUCCAAAGAGCACCUGGUGACUCACUUUCGUGAAAUACAUGGGGAGGAUGACGCAGCUAUAGCUUCCAUGCAGUCUUUAUGGGACGAGGCGGAGGAGUCUGAGACCGAAGUGAAUUCCCCUCCGAAGCUAGGAAGGAAAAGACAGGGAGAUGAUGAUCUGAGUCCAUGCACAAAGCGGUAUAAGCUCAAUUCUAAUGAGGAUUUCAACUUUAAACACACUGUCAGUUUUUUGGACUUCCGUCGGAGGCGCAGAGGUGCGCUCGAUCAACAGAUUGAGUAUGUUUUUGACAAAGAGGCCUUAAUCAAGCUGUAG